UCGUGAUCUACGACCAUGAAUCGGUACACGAAGGGCAAGAAGUUGGGCGAAGGGACGUACGGUAACGUGUACUCUGCAGUGCAGAAGGCGACAGGUCGACCGGUGGCCAUCAAGGAGUUCAAGCGUGGGCAGUUCAAGGACGGGGUGAACUUUACAGCCGUGCGGGAAGUGAAGCUGCAGACGGAGCUAAACCACCCCAACGUGACACGCCUCUUGGACGCGUUCGUGUACAACGACACGAUCAACGUUGUGUUUGAGAUCCUUCCCAAAAACUUGGACGAUGUGAUCAAGGACAAGUCCAUCGUGCUCUCCCGUGGCGACAUCAAGGCGUACAUGCAGAUGCUGCUUCGAGGGGUGGACCACAUCCACUCCAACUGGAUCUUGCACCGCGAUUUGAAGCCUGAGAACUUGCUGAUCGGCGGCGACGGACAGAUCAAAUUGGCAGAUUUCGGUCUUGCGCGCAUCUACGGCAGUCCCAACCGCAACAUGACGUCCGAGGUGUGCACCAUUUGGUACCGACCCCCCGAACUGCUCUUCGGCGCGCGCGAGUAUAGCGGCGCCGUCGACAUGUGGGGCGUCGGCUGCAUCUUUGCCGAGCUGAUGCUGCGCACGCCCUUCCUCACGGGCCAGAACGACUUGGACCAACUCGGCAAGAUCUUUCAUGCGUUGGGCACCCCCACGGAAGAUCAGUGGCCCGGCAUGUCGUCGCUGCCAAACUACUUGGAGUUCACCCCCAACAAAGCGCCGCCUCUGGCCACCCUCUUCAGCGGCGCCUCCGACGACGCGUUGGACUUGCUAAGGCAGCUCAUGCUGUACAAUCCUUCCGAGCGCAUCACGGCCGCCGAAGCCCUCGCCCAUGCGUACUUUGAGAACGACCCAGCACCUACUGCCCCCGAGAAAUUGCCUUAUCAACUGGACAAUGACAGUUAAGGAUCAGCGUCACUUGAACAUGCAAGUAAGUGGCCAAGCGGGCUUUUGAUAUAAUAUAUAUAGCCAACCCCAUCUAUGACUUUAACACAGAUUUGUUGAC